AUGAGUGCUACACUAGCUAUGCUAGACGAGAUCCACGGCGAACUACCCAGGCGUUCAAACGACAGCAAUACCUAUACGCUUGGGAAUAUUAAAGAUCACAAUAUCGUUAUCGCAUGCUUGCCUCAAGGCCAAUAUGGGAAUAAUAAUGCUACAAACGUAUUAACAAACUUGACCCGUACUUUUCCAUUAAUUCGCCAUGGAUUAAUGGUCGGUAUCGGCGGUGGAGUGCCUGGUAAGCUGGAUGUUCGCUUGGGUGAUAUUGUCGUUGGAAGUAGAGUCAUGCAAUACGACUUUGGGAAGGUUAUGGCUGGUGGCCGAAUUCAAACGACAGCGGUUCCCAGAGUUCCUAGUCAUUUCUUUCUCACAGCCAUAACGACUCUAAGGGCCAGGCACGAAUUGAAUUCAAGCCGCAUCUCGGGCAUUCUUUGCGAAAAGAUGGAGGGCUAUCCGACGUAUGAUCGUCCAGAAACUGCCGAUGACCUAUUUGAGCCGUCGUAUAUGCACGAUCUUUCACAAAAGACCUGCCGGGAGUGCGAUAGGUCACAACUGACACAGAGAGAGCCACGACAAUCGUCCCAGCCGGUAAUCCAUUACGGCGGUAUUGCUUCUAGUAAUCAGGUUAUGAGAGACGCUAUGACCCGCGAUAGGCUAGCACGAGAGCUGGAUAUUAUCUGUUUUGAGAUGGAAGCUGCAGGUUUAAUGGAUGUUCUUCCUUGCCUCCCGAUUCGAGGCAUAUACGACUAUUCAGACUCGCAUAAGGCAAAAGAGUGGCAAAGAUAUGCUGCAGCAGUCGCUGCCGCGUAUGCAAGAGAGCUCCUAGAGACCCUACCAGCAGUCAGUGACACACGGCAAGAACUAAAUCUUCAACCCUGUUCUUCUAGCCAAGCUGAUCCUAGUCGCCGACAACAGCUACUCGACUCUCUCAAAUUCGAGCAAAUUGAUUCACGCAGGACUACGAUCAAGUCUGCUUAUUCCAAGACCUGCACCUGGUUUCUAAAACACCCUGGCUACCUUGAAUGGAUCGACCGAGAGAAGCAAUCCCAACAUCACGGAUUUCUCUGGAUUCGAGGUAAGCCAGGUGCUGGUAAAUCGAUUAUCAUGAAAUUCAUCUAUAUGAAGACCAAGAAAACGGAUAUCAUGAAACAAGCCCUCACCAUCUCGUUCUUCUUCAAUGCUAGAGGAGGACUACUAGAAAAGUCAUUGUCGGGCAUGUACCAAUCCCUACUUCUCCAGCUUUUUGAAGGCUUCCCCGAUCUUCAGCAUGUUCUCGACGACCCCGACUUAGUCCCGCGCAACCAGGUCUCCUGUCCACCCUUGGCCAUCCUCAAAGAUCUAUUCCGUUCUGCAGUCGAGUCCCUCGAAAGUCGAGAACUUAGAUGUUUUGUCGAUGCAUUAGAUAAAUGUGACGAGCAGCAGGUCCAGGAUAUGGUCAUAUUUUUUGAAGAAGUCGCAGAGCAUUGUUUGGAAAAUAAUGUCAGGUUCAGGGUGUGCUUCUCGAGCCGACAUUACCCAUACAUCGAUAUCAAGACAGGAAUUCGACUGACCUUAGAAGGUCAAGACGGUCAUGACGAAGACUUGAAACACUAUAUCCUCAAAAACUUACGAAUUCAGGAUGCUGUCUUGGUUGACGAGCUGAAACAGAUGAUGCUUGAGAAGGCGGCUGGCGUUUUUCUCUGGGUUGCUCUGGUGGUGGAUAUUCUGAACAAAGAAAAUCGCCGUGGACGCCUAGCACUUCGAAGAAGAUUACAAGAGGUGCCAAAUGAGUUAAGCGAGCUUUUCAGAGAUCUCUUAACCCGAGACCAAGAGCAUAUGGAAGAUCUUUUGCUCUCUCUUCUCUGGAUUCUUCUUUCAACACGACCACUAACGCCUGGAGAGUACUACCACGCACUAUGGUGUGGGUUACUACUGGAAGACUUGGCAGAUACGGAAAUGCCGGCUAUCAAUAGCUCGGAUGCUAAGGACUGCUUCAACAAAUGUAUCAUUAGUUCUUCUAAAGGACUUGCUGAGACCACGAAAGGCAGCAAGCCUACCGUGCAGUUCAUUCAUGAGUCUGUUCGUGACUUUCUUAUCAAGGAUAAAGGUCUUUCCAGACUAUGGCCAGAAUUUGGGACAGACUGGGAAAUUCAGGGUCACGAGAGGCUGAAAUCAUGCUGUAGCGCCUACAUAUCUCGCAAGGCUAUCGGUAACGCCAUCGACAACCCACAAAUUCCGGAAUCACUGGGUAUGGAGAACAGCCUGGUAAAGGAGUUCCCAUUCUUGGAGUACGCCUGCAAGUCUAUUCUUGUUCACGCCGAUACUGCUGCCUAUAAAAUCCCACAGCAACAGUUUCUCAGCGAAUUCCCGGUAUCCGACUGGGUGCGUGUCUUCAAUGCGUUUGAGAAGCAUAAGAUCCGGAUGUAUGAUGAAGAAGCAGAUAUCCUCUAUAUUCUCGCCGAUAGAGGGCACCCUGAACUCAUUCGAACGAGGCUCAAGACACAUCCUGACAUUGCGAAAGGAGGAGGAAGAUAUGGUCACCCCGUUUUGGCUGCAAUGGCAAAGGGUAAUAAAGAAAGUGUCGUUGCUCUUCUGAGUCUAUCGUCAAGCGUUCGUCAUGACUUUGAUGUCACAACCGAUCUUACGUGUAAAAUCAACUCGGUUGAGCUGGGUAACACUCCUUUUUAUUGGGCCGCCCGAAACGGCCAUCCUGAUAUCUGCGCAGCGCUACUGCUCCAAAGUCCGCAGGACAGAGUGGCUGAAGUUGGGGAAUUGCUCAGAUGGCGUGACCGAAAGUUCGUGGAAUUGGUACUCGAGAGAGUAGAGCAUAUUGCAAGUGAACCUCGUGAUGUGAGCAUAUUUUUGCAAAUAGCAUCAGCGAGAGAUUACCUAGAGGUCAUGAGAUUGCUCCUUGACAUGGGGGAAGAUGUUUCAGCUGUUGCUAAAAACUUCCUCGACACCCCGUCAUGGAAUGAAGUAUCGGAAAAUGAUCACAUAUUAACUGUAAAGAUGCUUCUUGAUAAAGGGGCAGAUAUUAAAGUCACAGAUCGGCGUGGGAAUACUCUCCUACAUGAGGCAUCAGGAAGAGGUUAUGCAGAGACUGUAAAGUUACUUCUUGACAGAGGCUCAGAUGUUAUGGCUACAAAUAUUGACGAAGAGACAUGCCUACACUUCGCAUCAAGCAUCAAAAAACGGCCAUACAGAGACCGUGAAGCUGCUUCUUAG